CAAAAGUUGAGCGGGACAAGUUUAAUAUUUAAUUCCGGACAAAACCUACAGAAGCGAUGAUGGCCACAUUAUAACUGAUUACACAGCGCGAGGAAGCUUGAAGUACAUUUAUUGCACGAAAUCUGGCGAGCGGGUAGUGAAGAUUUGGAGGUUAAUUGACGCGCGAAGAUAAGCCGGCUUUGACGAACACGAUGAUUGAGACAGACAAAAAGGGCUGCAGGAAGUUACUGAUACAGCGGAUGACCUUGGCCGUCAUUACGAGUACAAUAUUGCAACUAUUCGUCGUCUGUUGUGUCGUUCUACUCACGAAUCUAAGCACGGACUAUGCACACUGGCUCGAGGAAACUUGGACCAUUGUAAUGUCUCUCCGAAUGUGGGCUUAUUUCAUCGUUAUUACUAUGGUGACCUUUCUGCAGAGUUUUUUCUGCAGCAAAAGUUAUCUGCAUCCUCCAUUGUACUAUAAGAGCAGAUUUGCCAAGAUGUAUAUGUCUCUUAGGAUUCAAAGCUUACUUCAACGAGCAUUGUAUAUUGUUAUCGGUGGUAUCUUGACCUGGUUGCACUUGUCAUUGAAGAAAGAAAGCUAUAACUCUUCGACUGCUGCCUGUAGCAUUGUGUAUGGGACAUAUCUAGAAGAAUACUACUUUCUGCUAUUCAGUGGUCUAUGGAGUGGACUGUAUUUUUCGCUCAAAACUGGCAAUUUUAAUGAGAAAUAUUUUCAAUUUCCUAUUAUAGCGCAAUCCAAAUUUUUUCAACUGAGACAAAGAUUUUAUACCAUGCUUCCAACAAUGAUGAUUUCCUCCAUGUGGUCGACUCUGUAUUUCAUGUCUAUUUAUUAUUUCAUGGGAUCAUAUUUCCGUGAAACGUUAUUGUCAGUUUCCAUGCAGAUGGAGGUCAAACCUUUAGAUUCUGUAUCUAAAUUAUUAAAUCUAUCACUGAUAUUGCAACUGUGGCUUUAUCAAUUUAUAUUUAUAUUGAUUAUCAACAACACAAACACGCUAUUUGAAAUAUAUCUGACUGAAUGGGCUCCAUUCAAAUUUGGCUUGAGUGGUGCAUACACUCCUGAUAGUUCACAGACUACCCUUAUUGAUGUACUAUCAAUGGACAAGAUACCUAUAAUGCAGCACUUGGGUUACUUAGACUUGGUUACCUUGGCUCAAAAGGAGAAAAUGAGAAGAAAUAUAUUAUUUACACUCAGCCAACCAGGUGGUCAUCCAUAUAAUUGGAACUGUAUAGUGCAAAAGAGUACAAACCUUCUCGAGAAGUUCUCGUCGGACCUCAAUGCGAUAUCUACAAAAUCUCAAGAUCAAUCCUGUUAUAGCACAUUGACAGCAAGAGUCCCACAAGUUCAGCAAAGCAAAUAUAUAUAUCAAAUGCGGAAAUUAGUACAAGAUGCAACACCAAUGUUAGUAUCAGAAGAAGAUACAAGGGAAGCACCUUACAGUGGUUCAUUUAUUCGAAAGUUUAUCAAGCAGAAAAAAGAUGCUUUUAUAGCAUAUUUGUUGUCUAAACCACUUAUCAAUUACAUCUUUGGUGAACAAGAUGACAAUAAAAUUCGUUAUACUUUACAAAAUGGACAAUUGGUGAUUUGGGCAGCCGAAGCUAUUUCAUCUUUGACUGUCUUUUCACUAAGGGAAGAUUCAUAUGGUAUUGUACAAAAAGAUGUACCACUCAUCAUCAACACUCUGUUGUCUGUGAAGCAGGCUCUGGACAAACUACCAAAAUCAGCUGUGCUUGCAAGAAAAAUGCAAGCAGAUGAUAAAUUAAUUAGGGAAAUUUUUACAUCUUUACGAAGUGCGAUAAAGCGUAGUUUAUAUAGAAUUGUUACAAACUUUGAACCAUACAUUAAUGACUUGUCUCUUGAACUUCCAAUAAUAGAACAAUUGCAGGGCUUUCUUAAUUAUAAGGAAUAG